GGAGUGUAAAAAAUGCUCGAAUCAAUAUGGCGGACGUAGUAUAAUGGUUGCUCCCGUAACAUACACGUCUUUGUUAGAAAUCUGUGAAUCGUUGACUUUAAUUAUGCUUUAUUGAAUCUCCAGGUUAUUAUGAGUGAUUUUCUUUCCCCGGUGACGUGAGCCAUGGCUGUGAGGGAAGUGAAACUAUGCCUCCUGGGCGAAACUGCAGUGGGGAAAUCUAGCAUUGUGAUGCGGUUUGUUAAAGAUCAAUUCCGGUCAGCCCUGGAAAGUACCAUAGGUGCAUCCUUUAUGACCAAACGCAUUGAAGUGGAUGGAAAACACUAUGCCUUCCAAAUCUGGGAUACAGCUGGACAGGAAAAGUACAGAGCACUGGCUCCGAUGUAUUACAGAGGAUCAGCUGCCGCUAUUGUGGUCUACGACAUUACAAGGGAGCAAACAUUCCGAGCUGUGAAGGAGUGGAUAAAUGAAUUACGAAAGAAUGCCUCACCGAAUAUAGUAUUAGCAAUGGCCGGUAAUAAAUGUGACCUUGAGGAUCUCAGGGAGGUUCCUUACAAAGAUGUUGAAGAGUAUGCUCGACAGAGGAAUGCAAUUUUCAUAGAAACAAGUGCCUUGACGGCUGUAAAUGUACCAGAACUUUUUAUUGAAAUAGCGAGACAGCUGCCCCCAGAGGAUAUGGUACCAACAAGGAUGAAUAGCAGUACAAUUAAUUUGAAUAACGAUUCUGAUCAGAGAAGGAAAUGUUGUGGAGGGACAAACAGGAAUGAGAUGGGUAGUCGGUCUAGUAUUAUGUAAAUCCAGGAUCUCCAGCAUUGGACCCUGCAUCUCUGAUUACUACAACUUCCUGCAUCAACAUUCCUCAUGUUGGUUAAUUAUAAAGCUCUGCCUACUUAUUUAUCUCAAAAACCCUGCCAUUCAAUCAGUUAAAUAAAAGUAACAAAAGAUUUUUUGAA